GAAAGAAAGAAACAAAGUUGUCGACCGUGCAGUGCACACGGGGAGGGAUUUUAUGUAUCUCAACUCGUUUAAGCUAGCACUGGUGUGCUGGGAAGCGACUGUAACGGCACACCGGUUUCUCCACGUUUCCCUCUCUCUUUCCAAACUUUUCCGCUACUAUUCCACCGACUCCCGAAGAGGAUUUCUUUUCUUUGAAAAAGGGGAAAGAUAAAAGCUUUGAGCACAGGCGGAUGGACGGACGGACUGAGCGGUCUAGCAAGUGCCGUUUGUGUGUUUUCCGCUGCCUGAGUUGAAAGUUAAAGGUAAUUCAACGUACUCGGAGCUCGGUUUUUCCUGAAAUGAAUGGAAGAAGUCGGGUGAGUCGACUUUCUGUGCACAAACGGAUUUAUUUUCUAGUUUACACUGGACCCACAUGAAGCGGCGAUAGCCUGCAUCCCGCUGAACGUCUUCGCUUUUUGUUUUUGUAAAAAGGAAAUUUAAACGGAGAGGCACCUUACGCAGCACUGAAGAUAGGCACGAUUUCAAACAUACUGAAUUGACGUGUGUUUCAGACUGUUUAAGUAACGGAGACGAUGCAGAUGUGGAGCCACAUGAGGGUCCACAAAGGAGGCCCUCCCCGACCAUAGGUCACGCUGAAGUGUCCUGGAUGUAUGAUUCUCCUGCUUCCUGGCUGGAUUGACUUGAACUAAUAGACUGAUAAUCAGAUGGAUUCUUCCUCGCCACAGCCUACCUGUGCCUUUGGAUUUUCCACAUGAGGACAAACCAGAUGACUCAGAGGACUUAAGUCAUGUAACCACCAUGAAAUGUCUUAAAUGUCUUAUUUAUCUGUGUUGUAUUUAUUGUCUGUACGUAAAGGGCCAUUUUUGUAGCUUUCUGCAAGCUUCAAGGCCAGUUUUGAUACUGUAGUAAGGAUUUUGUAGUUUUUGUUGUGAAUACUGAAGAUUAACUUGAACUCACUGGUUCUGCUGUAUAUCAACCUACACUGUAUUUGAGCACAAUAAUCUGUAAUUUAAAGGGGGAGCUGUAGGACUUGACUUUGCCUAGACAGGUACAAAACAAGACAAGACCUUCAUCAUGGACAGGCCAAUAAGCAAGUUGUUGGAGAAAUUAAAGCUAACAGACUCCGGCAGUGUGAAAUUCAACAGUUCAAAGAAGAAACAGGACUCUGCCAACAACUCUAAUAACAGCAACGCUAACACUGGCAUCUCCGGAGGCGGCGUUGGGGGCAGCGGUCUGCCACCAGCUCCCAGUUCUGCAGCUGCCUCGCCCUCAAGACCUGGCCAGUUCUCGCUUGCCUCUGCAACCACAAAUGAUGCAUGUGUUCCAGCGAGUGGGAGAGCAGCCGGAGGAGGAGGGAUGGGAAUAACUCCCUCUCAGCUCCUAACCCCACCACCACCUUCCUCCAAUGUGGGUGCUGUACCUCAAGAUGGCGAGCAACAGCUUCACCCUUCCAACUUGGCCCCACUGAGGCGCCGCUCCCCUCAGCAGAGAGCUUCCUGUUACCUGGGUGAAGGUGUUGAUUCCCACCUAAGGCGUGAGUCUGGUCUGGGGCCUGAGUGUGACCCUUCUGGGAUGUUUGGCUCAAAACAAUCCUUAAAUCAACGCCGGUACUCUUUGGAGCUCCAGCAGCUUGUCAGACGGCAGCAGCUCCUAUCCCAGCCACCUCCUCUUUCUGUUCCGCCACCGUACCCUGCUGCCGCCGGCUAUGGCUCAGCUCCUCGAAGUGGUCUUGGAGAGCCAGGUUACCUUGCCGAGCCUGAAAGACACAAACGCCUCUCUCUCCAGGAAGCUCUGUUUUACAAACGCCUAAGCACAGGAUGUGAACUUUGGGAGAGCACCAGGCCUGCAUCCCUCUCUCAUCCACCACAUCGAACAUCUGAUAUGACCGGAGGAGGUGUAGGAGGAGGCUUCUUCUAUCCUCCAGGACCAACCCUGAGCCCAUGCUCAUCAUUCAGCCUCCAGGAAUCGGUGCUGGUCAGCCCCAGGUCCAGCUUCGCCUCUAGCACGGCGAGCGGAGGUGGAGGAGGGAGUCCCAUGGGGAGUCGGUGCAGCAGCAAUCGGACCAGCGGCAUCAGCCUGGGCUACGACUCCCGCUAUUCUGCCUCUGGAGGACUCCCUCCACAGCAGCAGUCACCUUCCAUGCAGACAGGUAGCUGUGUGGCUGGUUAUGGAGCUACAGGCAGGGCUGGGGUGACCCCUGUGGAGGCCUGGACUCAGUACCUGGAUGUAGGGAUGCGCCAAGGUGCCCAUGACAGCAGACACUCCUACCCACCUGCUGUUGGAAGUCCAGCAGCAGCAUGCUAUCAGGCCAGCCCUGAGUGGUGGGAAGAACAGCAGGCAGGAGCAAGAGCUAAAGAAGGGGGUGUGAUGGGCGACAGGGCCCGAUACUCUGACCUACCUGGUACUCGGUACCAGGAAGAGCUCACUCGACUUCUCCUGAGAGAUGCAGCACUGGAAGGUGGGGGGCUCCUGGACGGUCUGAUGCUAAAGGAGCAGUCUCUUGCUCUGACAGCCCUUUCCAAACCGAGUACAACUACACUUGGGCCAUGCUCGGCUGGAGGACCGGGCAAACCUCUGGAAGACCCAGGAGCAGGGGCCGGGAGGGAAGGAGGAGAGAAUCGCCAGGAGUUCUUUGGAACCUGCGUGAAGUGUGGGAAAGGCGUGUACGGGGCGGACAAUGCCUGCCAGGCUCUGGAUAGCCUCUAUCACACACGCUGCUUCACCUGCGUGUCUUGUGGACGCACCCUGAGAAACAAGGACUUCUACAAUGUCAACGGCUCUGUGUACUGUAAAGAGGAUUACAUGUUUUCAGGAUUCCAGGCUGCUGCGGAGAAGUGUUGUGUGUGUGGCCACCUCAUUCUUGAGCAGAUCCUGCAGGCUUUGGGGAACUCAUACCAUCCUGGCUGUUUUCGCUGUGUGCGGUGCUCAAAGGCUCUGGAUGGUGUGCCGUUCACUGUGGACCAUCACAGCAACAUCUACUGUGUGGCAGACUACAACAAGACUUUUGCCCCAAAAUGUGCUGCCUGUUUACAACCCAUCUUACCUGCUGAGGGCAGUGAAGAGAUCCUCAGGGUGGUGUCUAUGAACAAGGACUAUCACUUUGAGUGCUACCACUGUGAGGAGUGCGGUAAGCAGCUCUCUGAUAAGCCUGGCUCACAGUGCUUCCCUCUGGACUCUCAUCUCCUCUGCCACUCCUGCCACAUGAGCAGAGUGUGCGCCCCACACAACAUUCCCCCUCAGAACACCACACACUGAUCAGUUCCUGUGUGUGUGUGUUUUUGAAAAAGCUGGUCUUAGUGUGCUGUCAUUCCUUUGUAUGCUUUAUUUUCUGAGAUAAAACUGCUGAUAUUAAGACAUUUCCUCUGAUUCCUCUGGGAUCACUUCCUUUUUGUCCCAUGAACUGCCUGCUGUACUUUCUGUACUAUUACUGUACCAUAGAUAUAAGGGAACGGGAAAGAAACUACUGCUUUUUUUACCCAAAUGUGGCUACUGUUUGCUGUAGAAGAACAAGGGAUUUUUGCUUAACUGUUUUGUAAAUAUUCUUAUCGCUAGCAAACAUUUUGCACUUAUAUUUGACUUUACUGUAAGAGAUUUGUAACGUGAAUCUGUACAAAUUGGGGAAAACAUUACUGUAAUUUCUGCAUGUUGUAAUAAAUAUUUUCAUUGUGCUCAAA